GGGAGUGUCGUAACUCUCUCUCUUUCUAUAGCGCUGUGUGGGGCUGCACCUGUUGAUAAAUCUAUUCCGUACUGACGCCACAAAGCUACACCAACACCAACAGGAAGUUGCCAUCAGAAUACUGACUCGUGUUUGCCAGCGAGGUGUUUAAUUUUGAAAGAGCCUGUUGUCAUUGGGUUACUGUAACAGAUCCUGCCAUGGGUAUUACUGCCCUUUUUCUACUGAGCGUUCUUGGCUUUGCCAUCACUGCUGAAGCUCAAUCAUGUUCUAAACCCGUCGGUGAAGCCAACAUGAGUUUGAAGGACGAUUUCAUUAUCCAGGACACAUUUGUAAAUGGAGCCGUUGUUUCUUUUGCCUGUAAUCCCGGCUACACAUCUGCUGGAGGAUCUUCUAAGAUCACAUGCAGUGCUGGCGUGUGGAGUCCUGUGCAGCUGAGAUGCGAGAGGAAGAACUGUGGCGCUCUUGAAGAUGUGAAUAAUGGUUAUAUUGAGUAUAGGAACGGGACUGAGUUUGGUGAUACAGCUGUGGUCAUUUGUAACCAAGGUUACAUCUCAGUUGGGCAGUCAGUAGUAAUCAGAUGCGACGUCGAUGGAUGGAUAGGCAGGUUGCCAGUUUGUGAAGCGGUUCAGUGUGUUACACCAGCAGGAAUUGUAAACGGCACAUUUAGUCCAGAAAAUGAGUUCUAUAGUUACAGAGAAGUUGUGCGGUACUCCUGCAACAAAGACGUGACACUUAAUGGAUCAGGAGAAUUAACUUGCUCUGAAGAUGGGACAUUCCACCCUGCCCCUCCAACCUGUGUCUGGGUUGAAUGUAAAGAUCCUGUGAUUGAAAAUGCUGAAUUUGUUGAAGGCUCCCGGCCUCCACACAGAUACGGGGCUUCAGUGAAAUAUUCCUGUAAACCUGGAUAUGUGAUUGAAGGAACCUCUACUCUGAUGUGCUUGUUAAACAGUCAGUGGUCAUCACCCUUACCAAAAUGCACAAAAGACCCUGAGCCAACUAUGCCUACUACGACUACAACUACCACUACAACUACUACUACUACUACGACUACUGCUACUCCUACCCCAGACAACGGGAAUGGGCUUUCACCAGGGAUUAUUGUUCUGAUUGCGCUCGGGGAAGCAGUACUGUCAAAGAGGCUGCAAAAGAUGACGAGGAUAUAGCACUCUCGUGAGCAUCACAGCCCUGUUGCUUCAAAACUCCUGCAUGUAAAAGUGUCGUCAGCAGAAGAGGAUUACCCCCAGAAAUCUUGAAACUCCCCCUCUGGAAAUCAGCCUCUGCACUCAGGACCAUUCAAGCAGCUUGUCUGAUUAGCCAAUAGCAAUUUACAGCUUUGACAGGAUGCCCAUGUCCACUUCUUGUUUCCUGUUUUACUUCUCUGGGCAUCAUUAAACUCUGCACUGAUUUGGAAUGUUUGCAUUGGAAGCUGCUUUGUAACACAGGCCAAUUACAGAGAUUAUGUUAAACUAGUGAAAAAUCUGCUCUCUUAAUACUUUAUUCACUAAAAGUUUAUGUAAUAAAAAUACUGCUGCUGAAUUGAACCACUUAGUCUUAAAAAACUGUUUAUAAACUAAACAGUUCUGAUGUUGGUGUCUAACAAAAGGCAUCAUAUAUGCCUGAAUGCAAAACAUGCCAAAUGCUUUACUUUCUGUGCAUUUUUAAAGUUUCCUUAAAUCACCUUUUUGGAAUAUCAUCUCCAUGAUGAUGUUAACCUUUUGUGACCAUUUUUUGUUUAGUUUUGCUUUUGAAAAUCAGCUAAUUAGGUUCCAGAUUAAACCAAAAUGUCCAUCAGUGAAAUUGUUUCCCUUCUACACUGCAGCAUUGUUAAUAUAUUUGUUAACCAUCUACUGUCCAGAAGAUAAUUUGUUUUAGUAGCAGGACUUAAUUAUCAACUGUGGUCACAUAAUUUGUAUUGAAAGUAAUCUUAUGAAGGACAUUGUAUUUGCACUUUCAAUGUUUAUGGUUGACUUGGUGGAAGACUGGGCUGAAUGUUGUAAAGGAGUUUUUCCUGACCAUGGAAAAUUCUGCAUUGUUUUUUUCUCGUUACUUUUCUUGAAAACAGUGGCAAGAUGACAUUAAUGGGAGCACAGUGUCUUCAUUGAGAGCAAAGUGGAACCAAAGCCAAAUUCCUUUUCAUGCGCACAAACUUGGUGAAUACAGCUGAUUCGGAUUCUUCUGAUUCUUUCGACGUUCUGCAAACUUAAGAAUUUAUAUAGGUCAAAAAACAUCCCUAAAUAUUUUACAGAAGGAGGCCAUAAAGCUGCUCCAUCUGUUCUGAAAUUAUGACUUCCUGUAUGAAACACUGAUGCCUCAUAACAAUCUUGACUGAAGUUCAACAUCUGACUUGACUGCAUACUGAGGAGGUAAUCCAGCCAUUUUUGUCAGAUGUGUUGGACCAAGACACAUCUAAAGGUUGCAGGACACCGGCCCUCGAGGACUGGAGUUGCCCACCCCUGCUCUAAGAUGUGUUUGGUCCUUGUAACCUUAAAACUUUUUCUGAAUUUAAAAUAAUUUUUCAUUGGUGCUUGUCUUUUAUUGCUGUUAUGUGAAAUACACUGCUCAAAAAAAUAAAGGGAACACUUAAACAACACAA